AUGGUACCACCAACAAUAUCCAACAAAACUGCUGCCAUUGCAGCCCAAAAAAAUCAACAAUACAAAUCUACAACAAAAGCUGCACCACCUGACACUGCGACGACCACCACCACUGACACCGACACCACCACCACGACGACAACAAACACAACCAACAAACCACCCCUCCCCCCCCAAAAAAAAAAUCACCACCACCUCAUGAUGUUAUUGUUCUACCGCUGCGCGACACAAGUUUCCCAGAUUCCGUCGUUCAUCGCUAUAAUAGAUCCUGACAUUUCCUCGGAUCCCGUCACAUCCCCACAAAUUUUCCCAAAUCUUGGCAUCAUCGACCCUGGUUUCAAUGUGCUACACCCAAUGGGAUGGGAUGCUUUUGGUUUGCCUGCAGAGCAGUACGCAAUUGAGACAGGAACGCAUCCGAAGAUCACAACAAUCAGAAACAUCAACCGGUUCCGCACCCAGCUUAAAUUAUUAGGCUUCUCAUAUGAUUGGGAUCGGGAAAUUUCUACAACAGAACCUGAAUAUUAUAAAUGGACACAAUGGAUAUUUUUGCAGCUUUUGAAGCAGGGAUUGGCGUAUCAGGCUGAAGUUCCAGUCAACUGGUGCCCUGCACUUGGUACUGUCUUGGCAAAUGAAGAAGUGAUAGAUGGUGUGAGCGAGCGUGGGGGACAUCCUGUGAUAAGAAAAUUCAUUGUUUAUUACCGAGCAGCCUAUGCGGCAAUGGAUGCUGAAGAUUACUGCAUAUGCUGA